AUGUCGGGCCCGGCGCGUGCGCGCCUCCUCGCUGUACACCUUGUGCCCGUUCUCCUCCUUCUCUCCAGGAUUUCAGCUCCUGUAUCUGCUGUUGUAUGCAAUCAGACCGUAUGUGAUUGUGCCGGUCUCAAAGGAGAUCGCGGUGACAUUGGUUCUCCAGGAAUACCCGGACCCCAAGGCGAUUAUGGAGAGGAUGGACCUGAUGGACCCAUGGGACCCCCUGGUGAACCAGGGGACUGGGGCGAGAAGGGUAUCUCGGGUGACAAAGGAGAAAGGGGUGUAGAUGGCCCCUACGGACCGAGAGGAUUCACUGGACCUCAGGGACCCACUGGUUUAGAAGGUGUAAGAGGUAUUGCUGGUCUUGAUGGAUGCAGUGGUAUUGAUGGUAUUAUGGGUCCUCCUGGGCCCCAAGGUAUACCUGGUGAUAGAGGGUUACCGGGUCCUUACGGUGAAAAAGGAUCACAGGGCUUAGCAGGAGAGGGUGGUGUUAAUUCAAGAGGAGCGAAGGGAGAUCAAGGUGAUAGUGGACGACCUGGCUUACCAGGACCCAGAGGGCCUAUCGGAUGGCGAGGUGAUAGUGGUAUGCCGGGGGAAGUUGGUGAUCAGGGACCUAUGGGGUACCGAGGAGAACCGGGAUAUAGAGGAGAUCUCGGUGACGAUGUUGUAGGGCCUCAAGGUGAAAAGGGAGAUCAAGGAGAAGUUGGAGAAUCCGGAAGGCCAGGGAAAGUUAUCUAUAUUGAUCACCUUCAAGAAAAUGUUACAAUAUUAGCUAAGGGAAACAGGGGUGACAAAGGAUUUGCGGGUACACAGGGCGUCAAAGGUGUUAAAGGAGACACUGGCUCUAUGGGUCCACCGGGGCCAAAUGGACUUAACGGAGACCAAGGUUACAAAGGCGAUCAAGGAAUAGACGGACCUAGAGGUAAACCUGGUCAUCGUGGACGCAAAGGGCCUCUUGGACCAAAAGGUGAUAAAGGAUGGCCAGGAUAUGCUGGGCUAGAUGGAGAAGAUGGAGAGCCGGGAGCAAGAGGAGAAGACGGAAGACCUGGAAUGCCGGGAGUUCAGGGUCCUCAAGGAGAGAAAGGAAUAUACGACGAACGUCUUAAUGAACCACUUCUGCCUGGUUCAAACGGUCCACAGGGUCCGGUAGGUUUUCCAGGACCUCCAGGACCUCCAGGUCCAGAUGGAACUAGAGGUUUGCCUGGAAUUCAAGGUCCACCAGGUAUGCCUGGACCAAAAGGAAUAGCUGGACGUCAAGGACCUCCAGGAAGUUCGGAAAAAGGAGAACCAGGAAAUGACGGUUUCAAGGGGUUACCCGGACCUAGAGGUCCUAUGGGCUAUCCAGGUCCUCAGGGAGUAUUAGGACCAAAAGGUUUUAAAGGUUCAGCUGUAAGGGGCCCCGAGGGUGAAGAAGGUACACCGGGAUUAGAUGGCAGACCUGGUAUUAGAGGAGACAGAGGAGACUUUGGUUUCAUGGGCCUGCCAGGAUAUCCAGGUCGGGGUGUUCACGGUGUUGGUCCGCCAGGGGAGGAUGGUCCUCCAGGACGUCCUGGAGUCGUUGGUGACCAAGGAACACCUGGAAGACCUGGAUUUUUAGGUCUAAAAGGAGAACGCGGUGACGACUGUCCAUUCUGUCCAUCAGGUUUACCAGGUAUGAAGGGAAAGAGAGGAGAUGAAGGUUUUAAAGGUCAGAAAGGAUAUCCCGGUCCUGAAGGAGAACGUGGCCAACGUGGGUUAAAAGGAGAAAGUGGCUCGCCAGGUUUACCUGGAUCGAAAGGUCCGAAGGGUAUCACUGGUCCGCCCGGAAUGACUGGUCGUCCUGGACUACAAGGAGAGAAAGGGCGACUUAUACAACCCCCUCUAUCCUUAAUAAUAGCUGAACGUGGACCCCGUGGUGAACCAGGUUUUAUUGGGGAUCCUGGUCUUCGUGGAGAUCCUGGUUUUCCUGGGCUUCGGGGAGAAAAUGGCUGGAAAGGUUCCAAAGGUAUGGCUGGUGAAGACGGUUUCCCUGGUCCUGAUGGAAGGGAUGGAUUAAAAGGACGAGACGGCGUACCAGGAAUGCCUGGUGAAGAUGCUGAUGUUCCUAUACAAUUUCUAUUUGGACAACGAGGAGAUAAAGGAAUUAAGGGACAACUCGGAGAACCCGGAGAUGAUGGUCUAAAGGGUGAUGCUGGAGAAGCUCUUGGUUUCGGAAUAAAUGCUAAAGGAGAAAAAGGGGAACCGGGGCCGAUGGGUCCACAAGGUUUGCAAGGAAUUAAAGGAGAUACUGGUGAUAUUGGAUACGAAGGACUUCCAGGAGAACGAGGUGAUAUUGGUCUACCCGGUGUUUCCAAACAAGGAGAAAGAGGUGCUAGAGGUUUUCCCGGAGACAAGGGAGAUAUAGGCCCCUACGGAGAACCUGGAGGUCCAGGUCUAAGGGGUCCUGUUGGAUUUGAUGCACUUAAAGGCAAGAAAGGAAGUCGGGGUGAAGUUGGGUACGCAAUUAUUUACGGCGAAAGAGGUUUCAAUGGUAUUGCCGGAGAUUAUGGUGAUGUAGGCGAACCUGGUUAUGCUGGAAACCCGGGAAGAGCAGGUUUGAUGGGACCUAAAGGAGAACCAGGUUUACCUGGUGACGUGGGUCCACCUGGGCCAGUAGGACCACCAGGACGGAAAGGAAUGUCAGGAAACAUUAUACAAGGUGCUCCCGGUAUGCCAGGUCAACCCGGAAGACUGGGUUCUAUAGGAUUAAUCGGUGAACCAGGACUACAGGGUUACAAUGGCUUGCAAGGAGAUGUUGGUCCAAAAGGAAUGAAAGGAGAAGCCGGUCGAAUGGGAAAUCGUGGUUGGACUGGUGAACGUGGUCUUACAGGCAGAAGAGGCCGUCCCGGACUUAUGGGUCAACCUGGUGUGAGUGGCGAAACUGGUGAUCGCGGUGAUACUGGUCUUCCUGGUUUUAAUGGUUUACCUGGAAGGGAAGGUCUCGUUGGCAUGAUUGGUCAAAAAGGACUACGUGGUGAUAUUGGUUUACCGGGACCAGACGGAUUAGUUGGAGCACCAGGUCCCAAAGGAGAGAGAGGUUUCGAUGGAGUUGUUGGUGAUAAGGGUAUGCAGGGAGAAAACGCCUCCAUAGGAAUGAAGGGCAUGUCUGGAGAUAUGGGUUUUAAUGGAAUGCCAGGAAGACCAGGGCAAUCCGGUUUAAAAGGUUUAAGAGGUGACAUCGGCAACCCAGGAUUAAGUUUAAGAGGCCUCAAUGGUACUAAAGGAUUCCGAGGUGAUGAUGGCAUUUCCCGGAAGAGAGACGAAGGUUUCCCAGGUUUGUCUGGUUUACCUGGACGAAUAGGAUUUGAUGGUGCCAAAGGAGUUUCAGGGCACAUAGGAUUACCAGGCUUCCAGGGACCGAAAGGUGAUACAGGGUUUGAGGGUGAGCCAGGUAGAAUGGGUUCACCAGGAUAUCCAGGUGAUGUAGGCUUGAGAGGUUUGAUAGGUGAAAGGGGUCCAUCUGGCCCCAAAGGAAUGGCAGGAGAUAUUGGACCCAGUAUCUAUUUACCUGCUACCAAAGGAGAUAUGGGAGAUAUCGGAAUGGAAGGACUAAAAGGUGCUAAGGGUGAAAUGGGCGAACCUGGAUUUUCAGGAUUAAAAGGCCAAAAAGGAGAACAAGGCGAUGUAGGCUUACAAGGAGAAUUUGGUGAUGAUGGACUUCCGGGUCCUAAGGGUUAUUUAGGAGCAAUGGGACCUCCAGGUUUACCAGGUCUAAAUGGCAUCAACCCUGAGCCAGGAGAACAAGGCAAAUCUGGAAUUUGA